CCGCUCUCAGCCAUCGGAGUGGAGAGAGACGCACCGGCGACACUUGGGACGUAAACCGGCAGCGGAUCCACGCGGAGAACAACACAGCGAGCAGCCAGCGGAAGCAGUGCGGGGGGGGUGAAAACCACGCAGCAAUGCAGUCGCUAUACAGGCACCUGCUCAGCCUGCUGCUCGUCAGCAGCCUGCAGCUCCAGCAGCUCACCGAGGGCUGCUCGUGCGCCCUGACGCACCCGCAAGACGCCUACUGCAACUCCGACAUCGUCAUUCGCGCUAAAGUGGUGGGCAAGAAGCUACUGAGCGACGGGCCUUUUGGAACGAUGCGCUACACCGUCAAGCAAAUGAAGAUGUACAAAGGCUUCGAAAAAGUCCAGCAUGUGCAGCAUAUUUACACGGACGCUUCGGAAAGCCUGUGCGGGGUCAAGUUUGACAUCAACAAGUAUCAGUAUCUCAUCACAGGGCGGGUGUAUGACGGCAAGGUGUACACGGGACUCUGCAACUUCAAUGAGCGGUGGGAGCGCCUCUCGUUGGCCCAGAAGAAGGGCAUCAACCACCGCUACCAGCUGGGCUGCAACUGCAGGAUUAAGCCCUGCCACUACCUGCCCUGCUUUGUGACCUCCAAGACCGAGUGCCUGUGGACGGACAUGUUGUCCCACUUCGGCUACCCGGGCUACCAGUCCCGACACUACGCCUGCAUCCAGCAGAAGGAGGGCUACUGCAGCUGGUACCGGGGCAUGAACGCCCGCGACAAAACGGUCGUCAACACAACUGACCCCUGAACCUAGCACCCGCCCUGGCUGAACAGAUAUCGCCUCCCCCUCUUGACGCCAUCUUGUCCCUUGUAUAGUUAUUGCAGGACUUCCAAAACCGUCCCAUAUUUAAGGGGGAGGGGGGGGGGGAAUAGCCAAUCCAUUACAGUGCCUGUUUUGUAGCACUUCUGAUUGACUUUUUCGUUCGUUUGUCGCUGUUGUACAGACUGCCCAGUCGAACUUUACAAUUGAUAAAUCCGAAAUACCAUUGGGUUUCAAAUCGGAACGUACGACCGCCAUAUUGGGAUCUCAAGCUUUAGUGUAAAUUCAAACAAACGGCAUCAUUUCAAUCAAUCAAUGCUCACGGCCAUCAAGGCAGGUUAUUAAUUGUCCCUUUAAAAAAAAAAAAAAAAAAAAAACGUACCAUCUAACUUCACAGUACACUUGCAGUACUGUGCAUUCUCAGUACAGCGCAGUAGAUAUUGAUGGUGUUCAUCACUGGAGGGCAAAAUCAUAUGUUGGGGCACUGAUGAAAUCAGAGCAAUGCUAAAAAAUAUAUAUAUAUUAUAAAUAUAAAUAUGUCUGUUACAGUGCCGGCUCACGGAAAAGCUACACGUUGUCCAGAGAUGGCCAGAUUUUAUUUUUUAUUGUACAUAAGCUACAGAAAUUAAUUAUCAGCUAAACCGCAACCUCUGUAAGACAUUUAUUUAUCUGGAUCAGAAGGUAGAUUUGCCGUGGAUGUAAAUAUCUUUAAAAAAAAAAAAAAGAGAGAGAGAGAGAGAGAGAGAGAAACAACCAGUUUGUCCUGAACGGAAGACUCGCCGUCUUCGAGCUGAAUGUCGUGUUGUUUUUUUGAAUGAACAGAAUAUCCUCGUUUUGGUACUCUUCACAAACCGAUCAACAAUAUACAGAGGCUUUUCGAAUAUUUUUCGUGUCUAUUUUCAAUCUUUUUUUUUGUACGGAAACGGUUUGAAAUAGACGCAUACACGCUAUAAAACGUACCGGCGCUCUGCCGACAAUUCAUACUUUUUCUUCAGUUCAUUCCGUGAAAUCGGCAGGCGCGCAUUUUGCCUCAGGAUCGGAACCACGACCUUAUCAGCGCCAAAACAGCGUGCGUGACUUUGAAUGCGGCGCUCGACGCUUUAGCCCCAUUGACACAUUUCGUUCAGCCGAUUUGAAGAACACUUUUUUUUUUUUUAAUUCAGUAUCAAACCGAGUACUUUUCACCACUGUGCGACAGUGUGCUAUUUAUAUCAAUCCACACUAAAUUUAGUGAUGAGGCGUUUCCUCUGAGGCGUUUGUGUGUCCUGUUCUGUGGUUCACAUUUGUGUAAAUAUGCUGUCUCGACUUUGAUCCUUAUGGGGAGGAAAAAAAAAAAAUCCAAAUCAAGGAAACCGUGUAUAGUCUGUGUGUAAACGCUGUUUCCUGAAGUAUGGCUAUUUUAUAUUUUUAUAAUAAAGAUGAAAUGAAUAUGA